UAUCCGGGCAGAACAGUAUACACAGUGGUGAAGUGUGGUGUGUGUAGAUAUGUACAGAUAGGUAUCAUUUAGAACGGUUUUAUAUGUGACUGUCCAGAGGAAUUUGAUAACAAACAAAUUAGAGGCCAAUGUUCAUUAUCCGGGCAGAACAGUAUACAGCGUUAAACUUUAAUGUUAUAUCGGCGUGUUAUAUGUGGCGCCGUAGAUUAGUGGUUAUAGCUCUCUUACUUUGUGCGGGAGACCGGGGUUCGAUUCCUCUUGACGGCGAUUCAACAUGGGCGAGUGAAUGUUACCAUAGCCCUGGGUUAACCCAAGCCAUGUGAGGGAAAUUGGGAAGAUGGCACACUGUGUGGGCCGUUGGAUGUUGCCGGGAGUUGUCUAGUAGAGCGCGGGCUCUAAUUGGGUCUGCGUAGCUCAAAAUGAGCAUUAAAUACUCUAGGACUCUCCAUCUACGCCAUGGCCCCUCCUGGAAAUAAUAGACAGGGUAUAUCCCUCGAUAUUUGUGAGGCUAGCCAUGUAAAAUAUGCACAUCUAUCUAUCUAUCUAUCGCUACGAAGAACAAAAGAAUUAACCCUAGGGGGCCUUCGAAAAAUUUUUCUCGGGCCCCGUUAGCGGGAAAUCGCCGCUAAGGGGGGGGGAGGGGUCUGAAGCGUGAAAAAAAAUCCGCUAAGGAUUAAAAAAUUUCAAAAAUUUGUUCGUGGCCUGAAAAUUCCUCGUCGUUCGUGAGCAUAAUUCCUCUUGUCAUCACUUCCGAUAACUUUUAUCUACAAAACACACGCCCCCUGAGCCUUCCAAGAUUUUAUCCGAAUGUGUGUAUGUUUCACAGACGGAAAUCCGCUAAAAGAGCAGGGAAGAGGGGGUCCGAAUCUUAGCGCCGAUAUCCCAUUAACAGGGCCAGAAAAAUUUUUUGAAGGCCCCUAGUUAAAGUCCACUUUAACGUUAUACAUUAACAUGAGAUAACAUUAUAUCGUUAAUUAUCAUUGCAAAAUAACGCUAAUGUUUGAUAAUAACGUUAAUAGCGCUAAAUUAACGUUUAAAACGUUAAAUUAAUGUUAAAAUCCUUAAUAUAAUUUAGCAUUGUCUUUUCAUAGGCUUAAAAGUUUUUUUAUAAAAAAUAAUAGGGCUACGUCGUGAUUUGAAUGAAUAAUGCUCUCUACCAGCUCUAUUCCAUGUAUUAAAAUAGAUAAUCUGUAAAGUAAAAGCCCACCAUGCGUUCUUACAGUCUUUUUCAGGGAUAUUUGAGUAGGUGUGCAAUGAUUCGCACGUGUAAAUCAAGUAAGGCUGUCAUCAAAAAUAUGUUGUGUUUGCGUCCUCCGACCGACUCACUUUUGGUAAUAAAAACCCAAGUCGGUAAGUCUGAAAAAAAACGGGAAAAAAUUUCGCGAUAUAUUUUUUAAAAAGAAAAUUUUUUUCGCCAGAACUAUUUUAUGCAAAAUUGACAAAAACCCGCGAAAAUUAAUUUCAGUAAAAAUUAAUUCUUUUGGGGCACUCCUGUGGCUACUGACAGUUUACAGGGCGGCAAAAAAUGGUCUACAAACGAUGUCGAGUGGCGCCAUAAUGUCUGGGUCCUGGAAACAAAUUUGCUUGCUCCGAUCUGAAAAUUCCGGGAAAAAAUACGCCCAACCGCCCGACUGACUCAUUUUUGCGGGGUCUUCGGGACGCAUACACAACAUAUUUUAAUGGUUGCCCAACGCAUCAAGUAAACAUGUAAAUCAAGUGUGAUGUAAAACACACGUGCAAAGGAAGUUAUGCGUGCGAUACGGGCUCCAAGGUUGCUCUUUGUUGCGCAUUUAUUUUGUGGUUGAAAAGUGGGGAACGUAUUGAAUCAUGAACCCCAAACACGAUGAUCGAGCUUCUACUGGUAUUCGGCGAUUCGGUUUGACGUCAUAACAAUUUUUUUGCAGGUGAAAUGUUUCCGUAUUUUAGGUGAAGAGAGUGCAGAGUGUUUAAGAACAAUGUUAGAAAGUUUGAGCAAAGAUAAUUUUUUGGAGCAAAAUCUAGAUAGCUAAGGAUCAUUUCCAGACAGAUGUUUAUUGUGGUUACCUUUUGUUAGCUGAUCAUUCUUCCAUAUCCACAUUUUUUAGGAUUCUUCCCCCUACUAACUAGGUUUGUUUUCACCCUGUGAAAUUUUAAAAAUGGCGGAUGUAGCAUAAAUGUUAUUCGUCAAUUAAGCAAAAUGUCAAUCAUCACUGCAGCAACAAAGCUGAACCGAAUCGCCUAAUAGCGACUCACUCAAUCUUAACUUCCUUUUCUACAUGUAGGAAAUAGUAUGCAUGGCUAUACUGUCAUUUUCAUAUAUUUAUUGUUUAUUUUUCAGGUCAUCACAAGCAAAUAGGCAAAAAUAUGCUUUGUUUUCAAAUUAAAAAAAAUCUUUAUCCACGUGCCUUAAAUAAAACUUUAAAAUUCCUUCAGAAAAUUCAGCUACAUUUUAACAAAGCUUUAUAGAAAUUGUUUGAAUAACACUUGCGGCAUAAAGAAAAUAAUUCAUUAAAUUCAAACCUGCUUUUUUGUUUCAGAUGGUAUUCUAUAGUUUACCUUGCAAUUGAGCCACAUGUCAAUCAUCACAACAGUGGCAACCUUUCUGACUUUUUUGUUAGGGAACAUGCAAUCAAGUUUUUUUACUGCAACCAUUUUUUUUUAAGAAAAAAAUAAUUAAAUCACAAAAAAAUGACAAGGUCAGGAGAACUUAUUAUUCAAAUAAUAAUAACUUGUGUGUGACAAUGCUAAGAAUACUUUCAGCACUAAGCUUAUAGAAUUUGUAAACAUCAAUUAAAAUAUAAAAAUAAACUUUAUACUCUAGGAGCCUGGGGGGGGGGUGAGUAUGCACUUCAAUGUACACUAGGUCUGACUUCAAAUCCUGAAAGUACAUGAUGGAAAGGUCAGAAAAAACUUACUUUCCCAUUUUGGUUCAUGGUCGUUUGGCGGGAAAGAUGGCGGAAGGGCUCAAAAAAUGCAUAAGGGCGUAAUUUCCCAAAUAUGGUCAUGUUAUAUAUCAAUCGAUCACAAAUUUAAUACUGAUCAAUAAUCACAUUAGAUCUUGGGUCUGAAAAUGUACCGUUCAAAAGUUAGAAGCAUUUAAGUGAAGUUCGGUAUCUUAUCUUUUCAAAAAAUAUAUUGUCUUUUCAAAAAAAUGUUGUGUAUAUUUUCUUGUUUACUACAUGUUGCAUUUUAAUUGAAGAUCAUUGCUAAUUUUGCAGGUUUGUAUUGUUUUAUAUUGAGUAUAGAAAUCAUACCUAAAGUGUGGACAAAAAGUAAAUAAAUUACAUGUGAAUACUAUCAUGCGAAUGAAUUGUAAGUUUUGUCUCGUGAUAUUUUAUAGCUCUUGUUCAUCGUGCAUGAUAUAAAAAUUUCUCUUUUUAUGUAUUUAGAACUAAAAAUAUGCAAUGACUAGUGUUGAAUCGCCUACAAAGCUACAUGCACCGUCUUGUACAAAAGAAGAUAGUAAAAAGAGUACAAAAGACCUUACCAAGUGUAUUAUUUGUCAGAAAAAACAAGAUAAUAAGGGAAACAAGAAACUUACAAGUACAGAGAAUGGAAGAAAUGCUAUAAUUAACUGUUCAAAAAGUUUGAAUGAUGAUUUAUUGAAGGGGAUACCAUUGAGUCAAUACGAUGAUAUCAACUACCAUGUCAAUACUUGCUAUCCCCAGUAUGUACAUUCUAAAGAGAGAGUUUGAAAGUAGGAAUGAAACAGCAACAAGCACAGAAGAUCUUGAAGUUAAACCAAAACGAAAAAAAUCAAAUGUUUCCAGUCCUCCACCUCUAGCUGAGAAGCCAUGUGUUAUUUGUAACCAUAUCAAAUUCAAAGGUGAUUUGAAGCGUUUUCGAAUUUGCGAAAUAAGACGAGCUAAUUCAUUUUUAUCUGCAAUAAAAUUCAACAAAGAUGCUGUUUAUGACAGAUGUGUGUUACUCAAGUGUCCUGGUGAUAUUUUUGCAGCUGACAUUGUGUAUCAUAGAAAGUGCUUGAAUGGCUAUAUUGUGAAAUUUGAACGUGAUAUAGAAGCUAUAAUGUAUGCCAGAAACGAACAUCAUGAAGGGGCAGUAUUUGCAAAUACAUUUAAAAACUUCCUUUCAACUCUGGAUUUGAAAAAACAUGCUUAUUCAACGUCAUUUUGUCGAGACCAGUUGAAUGAAAUUUUGGAAAAGGAACAUAAUAGUGAAGCCUAUGUUACGAACAGAACAUUGAAGACACUUCUAAUUGACAACUUUGGAGAAGAAUUAUCAUUUACAUAUCCAAAAGAUAGGAAGAAAUCACAGAUGUUUUAUUUACGAAGAUUUUGCAAAGGCAUUAUGGAAGAUAUUUGUCAACCUAUCGAAAAACUGUGA